UUAAAGCAAAAGCCCGCGUGACACAAACAUGAGCCCGUGACGUUUCAACAUGGCGGAGGAGGUGAGGAGAAACCGGGAAGAUGAAUCCAAAACAAGACAUUUUUUGAAGCAGUAGCGCCGGUUGUGGUGUGGCAAUUCAGUGAAGACACAGAGGGAUGAGCUGUGGGGUGUUGGAUGAAGAGGAGUUCAGUCGGUGCUGUCAGCUCCUCCUGCACCACUCUGACAGUGUGGGAGACGGCUGGAGCUGGGAGGCGGUCCAGAGUUCGGAUGAGGGCUACCUGAAGAAAACAGUCCUCAGGUCAGUCCCUGCUGACCAGAGCAUAACACAGAAACACAAGGAAUCCGGUUCAGACUCUGAGCAGUUUGAUUAUUGCCGUUUCAAAACCGAGGAGCAGGGUGUGAACGGCUCAGCCGAUUCCCUCAGACCUGACGUGGAAGAUGAGGACGACUGUGUCUGCAGGGCGCCUGGAGGCAGCAGCUGCAGCUCAGUACUUCAGUUUGAGUAUCAUGUCCUGUACUCCUGCAGCUACAGGACUCCUGUACUGUACUUCAGAGCUUCCACUCUGGAAGGGAGGAGCCUGACCUUGGAGGACGUAUGGAACUCCGUCCACCCAAACUACAGGCUUGGCCUCCAGAGCCGCCCUUUAGAUGCCAUCACUCAGCAGGAGCAUCCCUUUCUGGGUCAGGCUUUCUUCUUUCUGCAUCCCUGCAGGACGGAGGAGUUCAUGAAGCCUCUGCUGCAGAUGACGUGGGAUCAAAACAGACCGGUGAACUACGUGCUGUCGUGGCUCAGCGUGGUGGGACCCAUGGUGGGUCUGGAUGUCUCCCUGGAUUACGUCACACUGCAGCAGCCCACAGUUUAACUGAGACGUUCUGUUCAACAAUGUCAAACUUUUCACUGGAUCUUCCUGGGCGGAGGCGGACUUUGAUCUUCAUUCUUGGGACAACUCUGUCAAUUCUCCUUUAGAACUGCAGUUGUGUAGUUUAAAUAUUCUCUUAAAGAAUCUUGCAAAUGUAAAAACUGUUUUUCCCCCUCAUUAUGUAUUUAAAUAUGGCUAAUUGAAAUAUUGAGCAAUGAACUGUGAGGAAUGAUGACCAAAACUACAGUAAGUGAGUGCAGAAAUGGGGGAGUUUUUAUAUUGUUUUUACUUCUGAAGAAUUUCAAAAUCCUACUUGGAGCAGCUGUACAGUCUCGUACACAUCGACUAUGGAAAACAUCUUGAAAACUUAAUUUCUGCUAUUGCAAAAGAUAUCUUUAAUAUUUUUUUUUAUGUGCUUUGCCUUUUUUUAAGUAUUCUAACACUGAACUGUUGUAAACGCAUUUAGUGUAGAACAAGUAUAUGACUGGAUUUGUAUGUAUUCCAUCUGUAAUUUGUAACUUUUUAAUAUUACUAAAUUCAACACUUUCAGAAGAAGUAAAGUAAAGGGUUUUGUUGUUGUUUAAUGAACACAUUUGUAGUGAAAGUAAAAAGUAUCUAUCCCAUGGUAAAGUUACCAAACUUUGGGAGAACGUCACAAUGAUGCAGUUUGGGACUCUUCCAGUAGGGGGAGUAAUUUUCUAAAAGAGCCCUUAGCAUGAAUAAUGCAUGUAUGCACUUUUGUAGCUACAUGUAAAAGGACAAUUCCACUAGAAAUGGAAAAUAAGAAGCAGGAAGUGACACAAAUCACUAAGUAGAAAGUGAAUUAGUCCUGCUGACACCUUUUAGUGCUAUUUAGAACAGAUGGCUGUAAAGUUUUUGACAAACUUUAUCAAGAUCUUAGAGUCUGUAGAGAGUAACACACAGAGUUCUACAACGAAUACAGAGAGUUCACAUGUAUUUUAAAGAUAUCCAGCACUUUUCAGGCUUAUUGUUGUUAUAUAUCCAAAGUUAUCUGCAGUCUUACUCUUUGCUAAAUGCAUAAAAAGAAAAUAUUGACUAUUUAUUUAGCUUUUACUUCUACAGAUCAAAGAUUUGAGUUGAAUGUUGUUUGAUUUUUUUUCUAACACACUUGAGAGCAAACGUUUUAAGUUGAUGUAAGUUAUGCAGUGAAAAACUAUCAGCUCUUUAUUCUUGUUUCCUGUCUGUCCUUUUCUAUUGUCUAGUGUUAAAUGUGUAUGGAUACAUGUACUGUGUGUUUAUGGAAUGUGAUAACACACUCCUGUUUCUUGAGUGGUUUAUAGGUUUUGUUUUGUUUUAGAUUCCUGAUUUUAUUUUUCCAUUAAAUUUAAAAUAAAUUUUUUUUAAAACCUAA